AUGCGGGCUUGCGCCGCCAGCGUGACGCUCUCGACCACCUACCGGCGCUUUCUUUGGCUGAAGGAGUCGACAUGCGCUGUUGUCAACAACGGCAACCGAUUCCAGUGGGGCGACGAGCUGGCGUUCACUCUCGUCAUCCGCGACGCAGUGCUUGUCUUUACGGACGUCGACGGUCCCCAAGCGCAGGAAUUGGGGCUACGCUCCGGCGACGUGCUCCGGUUCAUUACCAUGGCCGAGAAGGUCGUCGCUCCGGACGCGAUACUCAAGGUCUUGUCGGCGUGGACGGGCAUGGAGGCUCUCUACAUCGCCAUCGGCACGCCCGACAACGAGAUCAGCGAAGUCGCAAAAGGUCGGAUGUCAACCUGCAAGGGGAAAACAGCCGUCGUCUCCACGGGAUGGUACUGCAAAAGCGAAGACCGCCUCAAGGUUGGCGAUCUCCUACGCAAGUACAAGAUGCGCAAGCGAGGUGCACACACCUGGUUCGAGAAGGUCGUCAAGGUGAAGAAGUUCCAUCUGUGGUAUGGUGAAGAGGACGACGAAAGCAACACCAAGACUCCCGAUUACUUCUACACAGCCGUGCACCACGACGAGAUUGCUGCCCUAUACGCGGCUUGGCUGAAGUCGGCCGACUGCAAGUGGAUGUUCCCCAACGGACCCCCCAAGCGGGUUUUGAAGCGCAAGGCGCUCGAAGAACGCCCCGAGUCGGCAUCGAAGCGCAAGGCGACCGCUGCGACACCGAUCGACCGUCUGAAGCGCCAGAAGAGCCCAAAAGGCGAAGACGCCUCCAAGAAGGUGGACAUGGUCGCAAAGGUCACCGUUCUGCUCUUUUGCGCAGGAUUUCACUUUUGGCUCGAGGUCGUUGAAGACGGGAUUGCCUACAUCCUUGAUUCCAUGCCUGGCAACACCAACGACGGCUUCCGUCGCUGCUGCACGCAAGGUCACCAGGCGAAUUUCAAGGUAAAGAGCGUCAAUGUCAAGAAGCAAACCGGCGGGAUCGACUGUGGCCUCCACCUGUUGGGCAACCUCGACGAAGACGAGAGUUCGAUGAAGGACUUCAAAUCGGUCAAGGGCUUCAUCAGCCGUGCCGCAUUACGCGUCAAGAUUCACGAUCUUGCGCUGCUCGAAAUCAUGGCACUAGAGACCAAAUACUGGGGUCUUCAUGGUCCGACGAACAUCUACCGUCCAUGUUUUACGGAAUCCAAGCUGUCAGCAGCCCAGAUCUCGAUCUCUUGGGUUUGCAAGCCCGGGGCGGUCCUCAAGUCCAAGGAUAAGAAGAGUACCCUCAAGGACAACACGCUCGUCGAGUUUAAACGCAACGACGAGUACUUCCAGCGUCUAAAGCCCUACAAGAGCGACUACACCGAAGAGCAGUGGCUCGAGCUCGAAGAAAUGCAUAAGUAA